AUGAAUCGAAAUGGCCUUGAAAAAAUUUGUAAUUAAGCUACAAAUUUUUGGAAAUAAUAAUUCAUUGCAUCAUCUAAAUAAGAUUAAGACAUAUCUACUAAUGCUGGAUCUAGCAUUUUAGAAGAAUAAUCUAUAUUUGAAAUAUCUGCCAAAAAAACUGAAAAAUAUCUCUUUCCUGAUAUAGAAAGGUUGAACUUAAAUAAAGAAAAAUGUGAGUAAGAAUUCACUAAAAGUAUAACAUAAAAAAAUCAACAAUUAGAAUAGGAAGAAAAUUAUGAAGCAGAAGCCAGUUGUUCAUAGUGUUCAGAAUGCUUGAGUAAAAGGAGAGAUAAAAAAAAAUCAAAAAUUAGAUCUUCUAAAUCAAGUAAACAUAUAAACUAUAUUUAAGCAAAAAAAAGGUUUACUAUAUCUGAAGAAGCAUUCAUUAUGGAAUAAUCAAGAAAUGGAAUUAGUUUUACUGAUAUAGCUUAAUAAAUUCCAGGUUCAACUGUGAAUUAAGUCAAACAUCAUCUCCUAAAAAAACUUAAAAUUUGUAGUAAAAAUAAAGAUUUUCAAGGAGAUAGUAUUGCAGAAAUAAUCUUAAAAAUCUAAUAAUUAUAGUAGUAAUAACUAAUAAUAUUUUAGAAAUGAGAAUUUAGAUAAUGAUAGUAAAAUUUAAGAACUCAGAUAACAUAUAUCUUUAAUAGAAAAUCAUUUGCAUCAAACUAAGCAAAUGAUACUUUAAAAGUAUAUGAUAUUGUUUCAAUAAUAAUGA